AUGUCUCAAUUUAUUGGCUUUGGUGUACAAGUGGAGCUAAAAGACGGGAAGCUCAUUCAGGGGAAAAUCGCCAAAGCAACUUCGAAAGGAUUGACUUUGAAUGACGUACAAUUCGGUGACGGCGGUAAAUCCCAAGCUUUUAAAGUCAGGGCCUCUAGACUAAAGGAUUUAAAAGUUCUAACUACUGCCCCUCAAUCGGGUAAAAGGAAACAACCAAGACAACAGCAACAACAACAACAACAGCAACAGCAACAAAAUGACUAUAAUCAAAAUCGCGGUGAACAAAUUGAUUGGCAAGACGACGAUGUAAGUAAGAUAAAAUUACAAGACGAUUUUGAUUUUCAAGGAAAUUUGGGCAUGUUUAACAAGAAAGACGUAUUCGCUCAAUUAAAGCAAAGUGACGAUAUAUUACCGGAAAACAGAUUACAAGGACAUAAUAGAAAGCAACCCCAAUCCCAACCGAAUAACUACCAAAUCGAUGAAUUGGUUAUCCCUGAUGCAAAGAAAGAUUCAUGGAACAAAAUCUCCUCUAAAAAUGAACAAAGCGCGCCACAGCCUCAGCCGCAGCAGGAAGAAGAUGAUAUAGAGGUGGAGGAUGACGAGCAUGAGUAUGACGUUGAUGAUAUUGAUGACCCCAGGUAUUUACCGAUCACUCAAUCGUUAAACAUCACUCACUUAAUCCACUCUGCCACAAGUUCUCCAUCCAUGGACGAUAAAACCAAAAACGCCAUCAUAAGUGACAAAGAUCAAGUUCUAGCUAAAUUAGGUCAAAUGAUUAUUAGCCAGUCAAGGUCAAACUCGACAUCUUUACCACCUGCGAACAAGCAAACGACCAUUAAAUCCAAGAACACUAAGCAAACCAUCCCGAUGGCCACUCCAGUACAAUUACUCGAAAUGGAGAGUAUCACAUCUGAAUUUUUUAGUAUCAAUUCAUCUGUACUGUUAGAAAAUUUUGCUGUAAACGCGUCAUUCUUUCUGAAGCAGAAGCUUGGUGGCCGUGCACGUUUGCGUUUACAGAAUACUAAUCCAGAACCUCUGGUGGUAAUAUUAACCUCAGAUUCCAACAGGUCUGGUGCCAAAGCAUUAGCAUUAGGUAGGCACCUAUGUCAAACGGGUCAUAUCCGUGUUAUAACAUUAUUCACAUGUUCCCAAAAUGAGCUACAAGAUCCUAUGGUCAAACAACAAACAGAAAUCUACAAAAAGUGCGGCGGUAAGGUCGUAAACAGUAUAUCGUCACUGGAAUCCGCUAUGGAAACAUUGAACAGUCCUGUAGAAAUGGUCAUUGAUGCCAUGCAAGGGUACGACUGCACAUUAAGCGAUCUAGCAGGCACGUCGGAGACAGUUGAAGCUAGGAUCAAAAGUAUGAUAUCGUGGUGUAACAAACAGCGAGGCUCUACUAAAGUAUGGUCUCUGGACAUUCCAAAUGGGUUCGAUGCAGGCUCUGGUUUGCCAGAUAUCUUCUUCCCGGACAGAAUCGAAGCAACGGGGAUUAUUUGUUCAGGCUGGCCCUUAAUGGCCAUCAAUAACUUAAUCACACACCUACCAAAAUUAGAAGAUGCUGUUUUGAUCGAUAUGGGUAUCCCACAAAGUGUUUAUUCACAGAGAACCUCUUUGCGUAAGUUCCAAAACUGUGAUCUAUUUGUCACCGAUGGGUCUUUGCUCCUAGACUUGUAA